AUGGAGCCAGAGAAUCACUCGACCAUCCAGCGAAUUCUAUACCAGAUCCAGCAGAUGAAUCAAGAGGAACGCGAACUCCUCAUACUCCGCCUGAACUUGUCCAGUGAGGAACAGCUUCUCAACUUCUUCAGCGAACCCAUUGUACCGAUUGAGGAUUUUACAUCCUUCCGUGUACACAAGUAUCUACUAUUGUAUGUCCCACCGAUAAUUAUUGUCCUUGGGACCAUUGGAAAUAUCAUGUCCUUCACAGUCUUUCGGACGAAUAGUGGUAAAGUGUCAACAUACACCUAUCUCAGCGCGCUGGCUGUCAUGGAUCUUCUCGUCCUUUACGUUGGCCUCUUGCCACUUUGGAUUGCUCAGCUUUCUGACUUUGACAUCAAAGACCAAGCUAACUGGACCUGUAAGCUGGUAGUUUUUCUUGGCUACGUGUGUAGCGAUUCAUCUGUGUGGCUUAUAGUAGCGGUGACAGUUGAAAGGUAUAUCGCUGCGUGCUAUCCUCUACAAGCCUCUAAGUUAUGUAGAAUCAGAAAAGCAAGGUAUAUAGUUUUCGUUCCAAUUCUAGCUCUUUGUUUUGUAAACUGUCAUUUCCUUUUGACGGUGCAGUUACAACUCGAAAGCAACAAUACUAUCAAUCCAGUCUACAUCUGUGAUGCUGGUCCUGAUUUCUCAGAUUUUGUCAACGGUGUUUGGGUGUGGGUUGAUGCCGUAAUUUAUUCGUUUCUUCCAUUUGCAAUUUUGUUAAUUCUCAAUAUACGUAUCAUCCAGAAAGUAUGGAUCGCCAAGAACGAGCGCAAACAUUUUCUGACCACAGAAAGAGGUGAUAUUUCUUUCCAUAAAGGAAAGAAUCCAUCUGGAACAGGGGAGGUAAGCAAAAAGCUAACGAUGAUGCUUCUGGUGAUUUCAUUCACAUUUUUGUUGACAACUCUCCCAAUGAAUAUCAUCCUCAUAGCGACCAAGACAUGGAAUGAACAGAACCAGCAGCAAAGAGCAGACUUCUUCCUGGCAAAGACAGUAUCAGAAUUGUUGAUGUAUCUAAAUCACUCAAUAAACUUCUUCCUGUAUUGCAUUUCCGGUCGGAAAUUUAGGCGUCAGAUAUAUACCCUUUCGUGUAAAUGUAUUCAUUCCCCGGCCAAAGCUGACAGCUACGAAUUAAAUAGAUAUCAACGAUCGCCAAAGUGGUCUACAGAAACACAUGAAAAGGUAGAUUUAGGGAUAUAAUCUUUGCGUCCUGAUCCCGGGUGAGAGAAGCCAGGUAGAUUCCUUUGUCGAUUCAGUGUCUUUUAUGCUUGUUGUUUUUUAAAGUGUCUAUUAAUGUAUUGAUGGUGCCAGGUACUUUAUGAGGACACUCCAUACCCUUACAGAAACAACAUGAAUGUUUUCUUAUAUCCAUAUCUUACUCUUGCUAAUAUUUUUAAUACCCAGAUACCCCUGCCUUUGAGAUUUAUUAAUAUUUUGUGCUGGCGACGUGCUAUCAUAUAUGUUAUAUGGUACUUUCUUUCCUCUGGGUCUCUUUGGAUGAGAUCCUCGCAAGUCAGGGUACUUUGUUGUUUUUGCCUUGAACGUAACCUUGAAAUCCCAAAACAACAGCAAGACCUGAAAUGGGAGAUUAGUUCGGUACUAAUGUAAAAACGGGACGGCGACAC